AUGAAGAACGGAAAAGGCUCCCGUGGCCGCUCCGGUGGUUCGGAUCGCGGGGGGAUUCGCAAGAGGGGUGCUGCUACAAAGAUUGACCGAGAUGGUGAUUUGGCAAUGGAUGCGGGCUCUGCUAGAAACCGUGGGAAGAAGUCGCGCGGUGAUCCCGGCCGGUCAGUUCAGGUAGGGCCACGAACGCGCGAUAGGGCCCUUGAUGCUAUUCAAAAAGCCAUAUCCAACACCUCAGAAUCUCAGGCAAACAUCCGACAAGGUGGUCGAGGGGCUGGUCUGGAGCAGGUCAUCGUUUGUGGAUGGAAGCAGAGCAAGGCGGCGUCGAAUCGGGACGGCGGCCUUGAGAGCCUCAUCACCUUUCUCGAGAAAAAACUCAACACAGCCGACUCGAAAACUGGCCAACGCGCAAGGAUAACAAAGUCACGGGUUGAAGGAGAUGCUCUUGUGGCAUCCAUCCGACCGGAGUUGUUGGAUAGAAUGCUUCAGCUCAAUGGAUUUAGUUUUGCAGGUGCGCCGCUUACGAUCGAAAAACGUGGGAAUGGAAUGCUGGACCAGCCAAUGCUGUCGGAAAUUUCGCAAAACGGUGGCACGCCUUCUGCGGCCGACACUAAAUCCAAGUUGACUGCUAUUCUGAGCAAGCGUUACUAUCAACAGUCGAGAUUGCUCGACCUCUCAAAGCUGGGCAGCGAUCCAGAACUCUUGGCCAUGGGCAUUUUCAGUAGCACUUCCACAGAAUCUAAGUUUUUCCCGGCCCUAAUGAAAGUCUGGGAAAUGAGUUUCGACAACUCCACGGCUCGGCGAGAGGCAGUCGAAAGUGUCAGUCUUGCUGAUAACAAGCUUGAAAAUAUCUCCGUCGUCACCACUCUAGCUCAAGCGGUUCCAGAUUUGAAAAAUCUCGAUCUGUCAAACAACAAUUUCAAGGAUGCGCAGGCUCUCAUCGGGUGGCGGUGGAAGUUUCGCAAUCUCGAGUUUCUUGAUCUCACCGGAACUCCUUUCAGCGCCGAUCCGACUUUCAAGGAUACCAUGCUCAAGUGGUACCCGAAACUGCGAGUGCUAAAUAAUGUAGAGGUUCGAACGGCGGAGGAAUUGGCGGCGCAGAAGAAGACCCCGAUUCCUGUUCAGGCGCCUCAUUUCCUGGAUGAGUCUCAAAUUGGAGAGAACUUUGUCAAGGCCUUCUUUGUGGGGUUUGACAACAAUCGCAGUGAGCUCCUCAGCGGUGUUUACGACAAGAACUCGACCUUCUCACUCAAUGUCAACACAUCUGCUCCGAGAGCCCAGCAAACCGAGACUGCAGGCUGGGAUCCCUAUAUCAAGAAAAGCAGGAACCUCCUCAAAAUCAACCAUCUUCCCGCGAGGAUGUCACGUACAUAUGCUGGGCCGGAGAAGAUCCGCGAACUAUGGGAGACCCUUCCCCAGACAAGACACCCUGACAUAGGAGCACACCCGGAAGAAUGGCUCAUUGAAUGCUUCCCGAUUCCCGGCCUUCCGGAUCCUUCCGGGCAGAGUGCAACCGGCGUCGGGGGACUACUUAUUAUGGUACAUGGAAAAUUUGAAGAGGUUAGCACGGGGAAGGUUGAGACGCGGAGUUUCGACAGGACCUUCAUUCUUGGGCCCGGUGGAGGAAUGGGCGGGAUUCGGGUAAUCAAUGAUGUACUGUGCCUGCGAGCAUACGGCGGACAUGAGGCAUGGAUGUCGGAGGAUCAACAGACAUCCCAGCCACCGCCAGUCCCGUCAGUCCCACUAGUCCAACAGAUAGCCCCCCCUGCUGCACCUGACGGCUAUGGGGCGCCAGCACCCACGAAAUUGGAGGCGCAAGUACAGCAGGAACGUCUGGUGAUGGAAAUGAGUGCCAAAACAAGAAUGACGCUACAAUAUUCGGAGAUGGCGCUAUCUGGAAAUGACUGGAACAUGGACGCUGCUCUCAAGAACUUUGAGCAAUUGAAGACUCAAGGGCAAUUACCCCCAGAGGCCUUCCUUCCGGGGGCUGUCUAG